AUUUUAGUUAUUACCCACAAAAAUUUUUGGGCUCUAAAUAUUUGACUGUCAAACUAGUACUCCUCCUUAGUCUUUACAUCAACAACACCCACAACCUCUCUCUCUCUCUCUCUCUCUCUCUCUCUCUGAAACAAGUCUGGUCAUUGAUCUUCCUUAGCUACGCAGAUUCUUUUGUUGCGUUGAGAAGGUGAAAUUAAAAGGCGGUCUGCUCGAUACUUUGUUUUUGUGAUAAUGGCUUCUGGAUUAAUAGAUUCAAGUAGAAAUGCAGUUGGUGUUGAUCGAGUGCGUGAUGGAAUGAAUGGCAUGAAAAUUAGGGAUGACAAGGAAAUAGAAACAACUUUUGUUGAUGGAAAUGGGACAGAAGCAGGCCAUAUAAUUGUCACAACUAUCAGUGGCAAAAAUGGCGAACCAAAACAGACGAUAAGCUACAUGGCUGAGCGUGUGGUAGGGAAUGGAUCUUUUGGAGUAGUAUUCCAGGCUAAGUGUUUGGAAACUGGUGAAACUGUUGCUAUAAAAAAGGUUCUUCAAGACAAGCGGUACAAGAACCGGGAGUUACAAAUGAUGCAUCUUCUGGACCACCCCAAUGUUGUGUGCUUGAAGCACUGCUUCUUUUCAACAACUGAAAAGAAUGAGCUCUAUCUUAACCUUGUGCUUGAGUAUGUACCUGAGACAGUCUAUCGGGUGAUCAGACACUACAAGAAGAUGCAUCAAAGGAUGCCUUUGAUAUACGUGAAAAUUUACUUUUACCAGAUAUGUAGAGCACUCGCAUACAUUCAUAAUACUGUUGGAGUGUGUCACAGGGAUGUAAAGCCUCAAAAUUUACUGGUCAAUCCACAUACCCACCAAGUUAAACUCUGUGACUUUGGAAGUGCUAAAGUCUUGGUAUCAGGGGAAACAAAUAUAUCUUACAUCUGUUCUAGGUACUACCGAGCACCUGAACUUAUUUUUGGUGCAACUCAGUACACCUCAGCCAUUGACAUGUGGUCUGCUGGCUGUGUUCUUGCUGAACUAUUGCUUGGAGAGCCUCUCUUUUCUGGUGAAAGUGCAGUAGACCAGCUUGUUGAAAUCAUUAAGGUUUUAGGUACCCCAACUAGGGAGGAAAUUAAGUGUAUGAAUCCUAACUACACAGAAUUUAAGUUUCCCCACAUUAAAGCUUAUCCAUUGCACAAGAUAUUCCACAAGCGUGUGCCCCCUGAAGCUGUGGAUCUUGUCUCAAGACUACUUCAGUACUCUCCAAAUCUUCGUACUACAGCUCUGGAGGCUAUGGUUCAUCCCUUCUUCGAUGAGCUUCGUGACCCUAACACCUGCCUACCGAAUGGACGUCCACUUCCCCCACUGUUCAACUUUAAGGCCCAUGAACUAAAGGAAGUGUCACCAGAGAUGGUGGUCAAGCUGAUCCCAAAGCAUGCAAGAAAGGAGUGCACCUACUUUGGAUUGUCAUGAGGUUCUUUCCGUUGAUAUAUACUCCCUGCUGGAAAAAUGUUGCCUUCUGUAUAAAUGUAGCUAGUGGCUAGUUUUAGAGUGAUUAAAUGGUUCUCUUAUAUUUAUUUUUAUCCCAGUUCAUUUGUUCCCUGUUAUUUUAUUUUUUCACAUUUGUCCUUCCACCUUGUUUCUAGAAUGGAAGUUAAAGUUCUGGUUAAUAUGUAUUUAACACCCUCAUAGGUGUGCUGAUCCAUCAGUCUUUAUAGGCUACAGAUUUUGACAUGUUGGAGUUCCCAUAGAAUGUUCCUGUGAAACUGGAAUAUAUUCCUCACAUCAAAAUGUAAUUAUUUAUUUAUUUA